GGCGGAGCGGGCGGGGCCAGCGCUGCCGCCCGGCCCCGGGGUCAGCGCCGCCUUCCUCCCUCCCCAGCCCCGGGGCGAGCGGCGGCGGAGUGCCGGCCCUUCCCGCACGGCUCGGCCCGGCCCGCUGAGGUUAUAUUAAGAGAAAAUUUCAAAAAGUGUUAAGGUAAUGACAAAGUUUAGAAGAUAAUCUUGUGAAUGAAGAAAAGUGUUGGAAGUGGAUUUGUAAAGAAUGGAAGGAUACAACCUGUUGAAAGUACUGGGAGAGGGAUCCUUUGGCAGAGCUCUCCUAGUUCAUCAUAGAAUCAGUGACCAGAAGUAUGUAAUGAAGGAAAUAAGGCUUCCAAUGUCUUCAUCUGGUGUAGAGAAUUCUAGGAAGGAAGCUGUUCUUUUGGCCAAAAUGAAACAUCCAAAUAUCGUAGCCUUUAAAGAAUCAUUUGAAGCUGAUGGACAUCUGUAUAUAGUGAUGGAAUAUUGUGAUGAUGGAGAUCUAAUGCAAAAGAUUAAACACCAAGGAGGAAAUUUGUUCCCUGAAGACACGAUCCUUCACUGGUUUGUGCAGAUGUGCCUGGCUGUGAAGCAUAUCCAUGAUAAACGUGUGCUGCACAGGGAUAUAAAAUCCAAGAACGUCUUCCUCACUCAAAGUGGAAAAGUCAAGUUGGGAGAUUUUGGAUCUGCACGCCUUCUUGCACAUCCAAUGUCAUAUGCUUGCACCUAUGUGGGAACUCCUUAUUAUGUACCUCCAGAAAUAUGGGAAAGCCUGCCAUACAACAACAAAAGUGAUAUAUGGUCUCUGGGGUGUAUUCUGUAUGAGCUGUGCACUCUAAAACAUCCGUUUCAAGCCAACAGCUGGAAACAUCUCAUCCUUAAGAUAUGCAAAGGGUCCUACGAUCCACUUCCAUCUCACUAUUCCUAUGAGCUUCAUUACUUAAUAAAACAGAUGUUUAAGAGAAAUCCCCAGAGUCGUCCAUCAGCCAGUACUAUUCUUGCAAGAGGUUGCCUAACCAAACUUGUGAAAAAUUGUUUGCCUUCUGAGAUUGCAAAUGAGUUUGAGCAGAUACUAAAGGAAACCAAGAAACCUGAAGGCAAUGCAGCAAGAAAAAAGGGUAGUGUCAUGGCUGGUAGAAGCUCAAACAGUAAGACAGAAAAUAGACAAAGGAAAGAUGAAAGUAGCAAGCAUAGCCCCUUAGAAAGGAAAAAUGCUGAGGGUUUGAGUGGAGGCACAAGGGAGCAAAGGAAAUCUUGUCAAGAAGGAAGUACUGAUCUGUCACACGCCCACAGGAGGCAAUGGGAAAAGAGGAUAUCCAGCACUGUGCUGGAUGUCCUGGAAAAUGCGUCCUUGCUUUCUUCCAGUUUUAUACCUGAAGAGACUGAAAGUGGUGGUGUUAUAAACUACAGUGAAAAUAGGCCACGGAAGCAGUGGAACAAAGAACCCCCUCAGACCCUGAUGGACAUGCUCAGCAAUGCAGAUGUCAGCUUAGCAUUUAAAACAUACACAAUUUAUACACCAGCUUCUGAAAACAUAUUAAGAGGUCCACUUUCUGCUGAAAGCAAAGCAUCUGAUGAAGUAGAUGGUGAACAUGAAGCUGUUGUCGUAGAUUCUGAGAGACUUGAACCUAGAUCUGAUGAAGAUGACACGGACUUUGAGGAAGAUGACCCAGACUGGGUGUCAGAACUGCAAAUGGUAUUGAAACAGAGUGACUGAAAACCUGAAUUUACCUGCGAUGAGUGAAGUUAGGUGUGCUGAUAUCCAAGUUGUUAUUAAUAACUGGUUAUUCAUGAAAUAAUUUCAAUCAAAAAAAUCCGAGUAGGCAUUUUUUUGUAUCACAAAACCAAGGCUGGAAAAUGCCCAAUAAACUUUUUUAGAAAGAA